AUGCGCUUCACUCUCCUCACCCCCGUGGCCCUGCUGUCCACCCUUGGCCGAAGCGCGCCCGUCACGGACGCAGCACACGCAGCGGCCCCCGCCUGGAAAGUGACCGACUUCACCACGGGCUGCUCCCCGGGCGGUUGUACGUACUCGUUCAACAUCCACGCCGCCAAGUCGGCCAAUACCCCGGGCUUCAACACCACCUGCAAUGGCACGGACGAGCAAGGCGGCCUCAAGCCUUGUGAGGACGCCAAUGUCCUAUCCAAUCUCAAGCCCGAGACAUACCCCAAGUGGGAGAUCAUUGUCCAGCACAAGUGGCACCCCGAGGAGGGCUCGACGCGCUAUGCGACCGGCUCGACGAAUAUCACUGUCCCUGAGACAAAUCAGUUGGAUAGCUUUACGAUGGAGCCGACCGCGGAGGCGGGCGUCGAGUAG